UCAAAGGGGGCAAAAGAAAAGGAAAGAAGAGAGAAACCACCCCAAAACCAGAAGAAACCCUCUUCUCGUCUUCCCCCCGCCCGCCUCCCUCGUCCCUACGGCCUUCUCCUCCUUCUCCCCGGCGCCGGCGGCAAAUUCAAGCUCGCGAGCUCGCAACCGUGAUUGGCUCGAUCUUAACCGUGCAGGCAGCGCAGCUUUCUCUAGGGUUUUAGAAGGUCCGUGGCGGCGCGGAGUUUGCGGGGAGCGCCUUCGUGAUGGCGGCCAUGAAGGCGGAACUGACUGCCGGCGGCGGCGGCGACUCGUUCACCGAGGAGAGGCUCUCCGGGAAGCUCGCUAAGCUCAGCAGCUCAGCGGCGAGCAUCCAGACACUUUCGAAUUGGUGCAUUUUUCACCGGAAGAGAUCUAAAAGGAUUGUUGAUACAUGGGAGAGGCAGUUUAAUAAUGCAACAACAGAUAAGAAAGUAUCGUUCCUGUAUCUAUCAAAUGACAUCCUGCAAAAUAGCAAACGCAAGGGAGGAGAAUUUGUGAAUGAGUUCUGGAGGGUUCUUCCUGGGUUACUAAAAGAUUUCUAUGAAAAUGGGGGAGAGCAUGGAAAGAAAGUGGUGGCAAGAUUAAUAGGGAUUUGGGAUGAGCGGAAGGUUUUUGGAACACGUGGUGAAAGUCUGAAAGACAUGCUUGGUGACAACCCUCCUACAUUGGAUAACAAUGGCACCAGUUCAAAUCCUUCCUUCAACCCUUCUUCAAUUUCCAAAUCUGCUCAGAAGGAUUCCAGUACAACAAUAAAAAAACUGGCUGUUUGUGGGAUGGCUGAAAAGAUUGCAACUGCAUACCAGUCUGUCCUUGUUCAGGAAGAAGACACAGCUUUAAACAAAUGUAAGACUACCGUGAGUGUUUUGGAGAAGAUGGAUAAAGGUAUAGAUGAUGCUUGUACCAAUGAUAGUCAGCAAACAUCAUCAUUGAUUUGCAACCUUCAAGAACAGGAAGCAAUCCUGAAGCAGUGUAUUGAGCAACUUGAAAGUGUUGACGCGGCUAGGAUAACCCUGAUCAAUCAACUAAAAGAAGCCCUCAGUGAACAGGAAACAAAGUCAGAGCUUCUUCGCAAUCAGUUGCAAGUUGCUCGAGCAGAGACCGAACACACUGUGCAACUAAGACAAAGAUUCAGUGCUGCCCAUGUCACAAAUGGAACAGGGUAUAGUUCUAGUCCACUCAUGACUGCAUUUCCGUCAGAACAAACUGCUCCCAUGAUGCAGAAUGCAGCAAUAAGGCCAAUAUCUCCCCAGUUUCCACCGCAUCUUGCAACCUCACUUCCUGCCACAUCCAGUGCUGCAGUGGAUGAGUCCAAGAAAAUAGCGGCGGCUAUGGCAGAUAAGCUUGCAUCUUUGUCAUCUAAAGAGCAGGUGCUCUCCUCCAUUUUGGCGUCCCUUGCUGCUGAACAAGCUGCUUCCAAGAAUGGUGGCUCGCCUUCGGUAGAGCUCUCCACAGGUCCCCCAGGCUUCGCCGUACCAAAGAGGCCUGAAGUUGAGAAUCCAUCGUUUUCCCCUGCAAUGUGUGCUCCCUCCUUCUUUGGACAAUUAUCACAGGCACAACAGAUUGGCGCACCACCUUCCUCCCUUGGAGGCCCACGGUUGUCGACACAGGCUAACCAGGCACCAGACUUUGCAAUACCAAAGAGGCCUAAACUUCAGAAUCCAUCAGAGGGCGGUGAUAUGUGUGCUCCCCCCUUCUUUGGACAAUUAUCACAGCCACAACAGAUUGGAGCAUCACCUGCCUUCUUUGGAGGUACGCAGCCGUUGACACAGGCAAACCAAGCACCAAGUUCAUUUGCACCAGCUCCCCUUCCAUUUCCACCUGCGCCGCCGACACCUCUGCAUCCAUUCAGUCAAAAUGCUGUAUUCGCUAUGGGAGGAACUUUCGGGAUGAUGACCAGCUCCAUGCCACCUCAACUGCACAACAUGCUACCACCAGGUUUUCCAAGUCCGAGUGGACCACCUGUUUCAGCAGCGCAGGAUCAGAGCCAGACCCAGCAACAGCCGUCUCCACAGGCACUGCAACAAUCUCCAACACCAACUGGAUUCGUUCCAACAUCAGGCAUUGGGAUCUUCCCUCCGGUUCAGGUGCAGCAAUCACCGCCGGCCCAGCAGCAAUGAUCAUCACAAUCGUGAGGACUAAAAGGGCAGCACCUGAUGUGCUAAUCUGUAUAUUAAGACAUGAUCCCAGAGUGUUAAGCAAUUAUUAGUUGGCAGGCUUGCAGGCAAAUAAGCAUGACUAUCAAUGGCUAUGAAUUGGAAAGGUUGUAGAAUAGGCCUGCGGGUUGUAAGAUGUAUACCUGUUCCUUUUUGGUAUAUGGAGUUUGUUUAACUCUUCCUGGUCAUGUGAAGUAGUUAGACUCUUAUUUAUUUAUUUUGUUGUAGCUCCUUGAAUUGUCCCAAGGCAAACAAACGUUGAGUUGCUGCCCAAAAGAUGCAACAUACUUUGGGCUCAUCAACUUGAGGACUACCAGUGGCUUUGGAACAAAGCUUAUAGUCUCAUAGAUGAUUUAAUUAUACAUGUGGACUGCAAAUACCUAUCCUAUUUUUGUA